AUGGAUUUAAAUACGCAUCUUGAAAUCUUAUUAAUUAUACGUAAUGUAACGUUCCAACAUUGUUAUAAAUGUCUCAAUGACUCAAUUACUAUGCUUCCACGGCUCUGCCCAACACAGAAGGAAGCCGUGGGGUGGUACGACGAUUGUAUGCUACGUUAUGCAAAUCGGACAAUAUUGGGAAGCCAAGAAGAACAACCUUCAUCAACGUUAAGGAGUACAAAAAAGGUGACUAAUAAUGUUAACCAGUUUAAUCAAGUGCUAGGAACGUUAUUAAAUAGGCUUCCAAAUGAUGCUUCGAAGGGUGAUUCUAAACUUAAGUUUGCAACUGGAAAUGAUAGUUACGGAAGCUUUGGUAGCAUAUAUGCGUUUGCUCCAUGUUCUCCAGAUUUGUCGCAACGAAACUGCUUUAAUUGUCUUGGGGAUUUUAUUAGUGAAAUGAUUCCUAGUGGAUCAACUAAUAACACAGGAGCGCAGAUUCUUGGACCGAGUUGCAAGUUAAGAUACGAGGAUUAUUUGUUUUACAACGACGUGUCGAGUCCAUCAUUUCCUCCACCGUCGGCUCCUCCAUCAGGUAAUUCAUCAUUUUCAGGUAAUGGAAGCAAUAACACGGCAUUAAUUGCCAUCCUAAUCGUAGUUCCAACAGUUGUAGUCAUUGCUCUUGCAAUUGGAUUCAUUUUCUUGUGUAGAAGAAGAAAGACAAAGGAAAAGCCUGAAAGCUCAAUCGCUUCCUAUUCUGUUCCUCGAGAAGAAAAUGAUGAAAGUAGAGUUUUAGUUUCUUUGGAAUUUGGUCUCGACACCAUUAGAUUGGCUACAGACAACUUCUCAGAAGCUAAUAAACUUGGUCAAGGUGGAUUUGGUAUCGUUUACAAGGGUAAAUUGUCAAAUGGACAAGAAGUCGCGGUAAAGAGACUGUCAAGGGAUUCUGGACAAGGUGACAGUGAGUUUAAGACUGAAGUUUUGUUAGUGGCUAACCUUCAACACAGGAAUCUUGUUAGGCUCCUCGGAUUUUGCUUAGAAGAAGAAGAAAGAAUACUCAUUUACGAGUUUGUUCCCAACACAAGCCUCGAUCACUUCUUGUUUGAUGUAAAAAAGAGAGAAUAUUUAGAUGUGGAAAAGCGAUACAAGAUUAUAACAGGCAUAGCUCGAGGACUCCUUUACCUUCAUGAAGAUUCUAGACUACGAAUCAUCCAUCGCGACCUUAAAGCAAGCAACAUACUUCUAGACGUUGAUAUGAAUCCCAAGAUUGCCGAUUUUGGCAUGGCUAGAUUGUUUGGUGUUGAUCAAACCCAAGGGGAUACCAAUAGAAUCGUCGGUACCUAUGGAUAUAUGGCUCCAGAGUAUGCAUUUCAUGGAUUCUUCUCUGUAAAGUCAGAUGUCUACAGUUUCGGCAUACUAGUUCUAGAAAUCAUUACAGGUCGAAAGAACUCUGGUUUUCAUAAUGAGGAAUACACAGAAGAUCUAUUAAGCUUUGUAUGGAGAAAUUGGAGAGAAAAUACCGCGAUAUCUAUCAUAGAUCCAACAUUAACAACAGCAUCAAGAACUGAUAUGAUAAGAUGCAUACACAUUGGGUUGUUAUGUGUUCAAGACAGUGUCGAGGACCGACCAACUAUGUCUUCUGUCGUGUUGAUGCUUAGUAGCCGAUCUUUAUCUCUUUCAGUUCCUUCUCAUCCACCAUUUGUCAGUGUUACUACCUCAGAAGACACCUAUGGUAAUUACACAAGCACUAGCAGAUACAAGACCAAUCUCAGCACCUUCUUCUUAUGUGGAGGUGAUGUAACGUUCCAAGAUUGUUAUAAAUGUCUCAAUGACUCAAUUACUAUGCUUCCACGGCUCUGCCCAACACAAAAGGAAGCCAUCGGGUGGUACGAUGAUUGUAUGCUACGUUAUGCAAAUCGGACAAUUUUGGGAAUCCUUGAACAACAACCAACAUUCUCGGUGGAGAGCUCUAGCAAGGUGACUAAUAACGUUAACCAGUUUAAUCGAGUGCUAGGAGCAUUAUUGGAUAAGCUUCAAAGUGAUGCUUCUUAUGGUGCUUCGCGACUUAAGUUUGCAACUGGAAAUGAUAGUUACGGCAACUUUGGGAACGUUUAUGCACUUGCUCAGUGUUCUCCAGAUUUGUCGCAACGAAACUGCUUUAAUUGUCUAGGAGGUUUUAUUAAUGAAAUGAUUCCUAGUGGCUUCACUAACAACACAGGAGCACAGAAACUUGGACCGAGUUGCAAGUUAAGAUACGAGGAUUAUUUGUUUUACAACGACGUGUCUAGUCCAUCUUCUCCUCCUUCACCAGGUAAUGGAAGCAGUAACACAACAUUAAUUACCAUCCUAAUCGUAGUUCCAACGAUUGUUUUUAUUGCUCUUGCAAUUGGAUUCAUUUUCUUGUGUAGAAGAAGAAAGACAAAGAAAAAGUCUGAAAGCUCAAUCGCUUCAUAUCCUCUUUCUCAAGAAGAAAAUGAUGAAAGUAGAAUUUUAGUGUCUUUGGAAUUUGGUCUCGACACCAUCAGAGUGGCAACAAACGACUUCUCAGACUCUAAUAAACUUGGUCGAGGUGGAUUUGGUAUCGUUUACAAGGGAAAAUUUUCAAAUGGACAAGAAGUCGCGGUAAAGAGACUCUCAAGGGAUUCUGGGCAAGGUGAUAGUGAGUUUAAAACAGAAGUUUUGUUAGUGGCCAAGCUUCAACACAGAAAUCUUGUUAGGCUUCUCGGUUUCUGCUUAGAAGAAGAAGAAAGAAUACUCAUUUAUGAGUUUGUUCCCAACACUAGCCUCGAUCACUUCUUAUUUGAUGUAAACAAGAGAGUAUAUUUAGAUGUGGAAAAGCGGUACAAGAUUAUAACAGGCAUAGCUCAUGAGGAUUCUAGACUACGAAUCAUCAAUCGUGACCUUAAAGCAAGCAACAUACUUCUGGAUGCUGAGAUGAAUCCCAAGAUUGCCGAUUUAGGCAUGGCUAGAUUGUUUGAUGUUGAUCAAACCCAAGGGGAUACCAAUAGGAUUGUCGGUACUUAUGGAUAUAUGGCUCCAGAUGUCUACAGUUUCGGCGUACUAGUUUUAGAAAUCAUUACAGGUCGAAAAAACUCUAGUUUUCAUAAUGAGGAAUACACAGAAGAUCUAUUAAGCUUUGUAUGGAGAAAUUGGAGAGAAAAUACGGCGACAUCUAUCAUAGAUCCAACAUUAACAACAACAUCAAGAACUGAUAUGAUAAGAUGCAUACACAUUGGCUUGUUAUGUGUUCAAGAAAGUGUUGAGGACCGACCAACUAUGUCUUCCGUCAUGUUGAUGCUCAGUAGCCGAUCUUUAUCUCUUUCAGUUCCUUCUCAUCCUCCUUUUGUCACUGUUACUACCUCUGAGUAUUCUAAGGAGAGAAUUCUAAGGUCUAUGUCAGAAAAUGAGGACUCGAUCACUGGUCUACAUCCGCGAUAAGAUAUUAAAGAUACAUAUAUAAUUCCUCCGUUAACUAUUAAUUGCAACAAAGAAAUAUUUUAUGUCUCGAUAAUAAAUAUAAUACGUCUUUGUUGCAAUUAAUUAAUAACUAAUGGCUUGGAGUAGAUUAAUUAUAUUGUUAGCCCGACUUGCAAUUGUUUGAUGUAUCUCUUGUCGUGAGAGUAAUUUUUGGCUCUUAAGAAGUGCACGUGUAUAUACCCUUGAGGAGCUCAUCAGUUUGGUGUUUGUCUAGAAUACCUAAAGUAUCCUCUUUUUUUAUAUAUAUAUAUAUAUGUAACCUUAAACAAUUUUUUUUUUCCAUGUAAAACAUCAUGAGUUAUUAUACAUGUUUUUGAUAU